AUGGAUGACCUGAAAUCUGUGGGAAUGAGCUGGGCUGAACAGGUCGAGCAAGAAGAUGAAAUUGUUCCGGAAGUGGGAGCAGAAGAUGAGUCACUUGUUGAUGAGAAAAAUGGUAUUAAAAAAAUCUUUGAGGUCAAAUGGAAUGAAGAGGAGGGUAAAGAGGUUAAGGUUAUCAAAUCUUAUAGAGUGGAAACAAAGCGACUUACCAAAUCUAUUGCCAGAAGGAAACAAUGGAAGAAAUUUGGAUCUGCUGAGAAUGACCCACCUGGUCCUAAUCCAGCUAACACUAUUAUUUCAGAAGAAAUUCCCAUGACUUUUGUAAACAAUAAAGAGGCUCAGGUUGAGACAGAUGAAGACCCUCUACAGAAACUAAAGAACCAGAAAUUGGUCUCCUGUCGUAUCUGUAAGGGUGACCAUUGGACCACACGUUGUCCAUACAAGGACACACUUCAACCUCUACAAGAGAACCUCAAGGAAGGAGAAAAGAAACCUGAAGCUAGUGCUGGUGGUACUGGCACUGGUUCUGCUGUGUCAAAGACUGGAAAAUAUGUACCUCCUAGUCUUCGAGAUGGUGCAACUAAAGGAAGAGGAGAAUCUAUGAAUAACAGCAAGAGAGAUGAAUUUGCUACCAUCCGAGUCACAAAUCUUUCUGAAGACACACGUGAAUCUGACCUUCAAGAACUGUUUAGACCAUUUGGAACUAUUCACAGAAUUUAUCUGGCCAAAGAUAAAAAUACUGGACAGUCUAAGGGCUUUGCUUUCAUCAACUUCCACCGGCGAGAAGAUGCUGCCAGGGCAAUUGCUGGUGUUUCUGGCUAUGGUUAUGAUCACUUGAUUCUCAAUGUUGAAUGGGCCAAGCCUUCAGGAACAAGUUGA